GUUGAAUGUAAUCAGCGCAUGCGCAUUCAGGUAGCAACUCGUCGACAGGUGCCCCAAACAUUGUCAGCCGACAAAAUACAAUUGAAAAACAACACUUUUAAUCCAUCAGUUUGAAAAUCAUGACUGCUUACAGGGGUGCAGAUUCCAAGAGAGAAGAGUUCAGAAAGUAUUUGGAAAAAGCUGGAGUUCUAGAUGCCUUAACCAAAGUUCUUGUUGGUUUGUAUGAGGAGCCGGAAAAGCCAAAUAAUGCCCUUGACUUCCUGAAGCAACACCUAGGAGCAUCUGGUCCGGACACGGCCGAUGUGGAGGCCCUGAAGCUUGAGGUGACUGAACUCAGACAAAAGGUAGAAACGCUCCAAGAUCAGAACAGUGAAUACAAGGCCAAGCUGCAGCAGUAUGAGCCGCCCCAGGGUGAGGAGCAGGCACCCGACUCCUAGAUGGACAGCACCAUCAUUCACCCACAACUUCUCACAUUCCAUUAUCCAUUCCCCACAGUACAUUUCACUGUGGUAACUUUAUACAUUCUUUUAAACUUGUUGAAAAUACAACAGCGCAGUUCAGAGAAAGAUAUAUUAAUUUGAUUAUGUUAAGGUAUAAUAUUGUUUCGUUUUUUUGUUGUACUUUAACUUGAGUAAGAAAACCAUGUGUUAAAGAUAUGAUAAUAAGCUGGUGUUUGUUGGUAUUGAUAUUCUUCAUUUUUGUGUGAAUGUUUUAGGAAAACAAGUGCGUUCUAGUAUCAUACAGAACUGUUCUGUGAUAGUUUACGUGGGAAUAUUUAUUUUCUUUGUUAACGGGUAUGGAUUUACAGACCUGGCUCUGAUAUUUAUUGUUUCAUUGUCUUAAGUUCAACCCUUUUGUAUACAAUGCUGAAGCCAAGCACGUUUUUUUCGACUGUUAAAGGAAUGAGUACAGAUGACAUUCUGAAGAGAAGUUCUCCAACAUUAACAUGCAGUUUGUAGAUUUUAUUUCAUUCUGUAUAUUUUUUAUUCAUGUGGUUCAAUAAAACUGACAAUUCAA